AUGGCCGCUCCCCAGUCCAUUCAGCCGCAUGCACGAAAAGUUGCGGUGGAUGUGUACGGACUGCGACGAUUGGUCUCACUAGCGACUGAGGAGAAGUCAAAAACCCUAACCGCUAUUACCAAUCAAGAGGCGACUGGGCUAGUACCCACUCCUACCUUUCAUCAGACCAUGGGUGGCUCCACUCGAUUCGGGUGUGACAAAGGGGCCCUCGAAAACAAAGUUGGCACUUCUGCACUGCUGCAUUUCUAUCGCCCGCACCUCAGUGUGGACCCGACACCACUGCUCACGUCAGCCCUCACCUACAGGCGGAUUCAAGCCUGA